AUGGAAUCCAGAAAAAGGCCUCUUACUGACGAUAUUGAUACAUCUGUCGCAAAGAAACGUAUACUAACAGGUUCGAACGGCAGUCCGCAUGUGAAUGGUGUUGCCGCAGAGCAAGAUGAACCUGGUCCUGGGGACAAUCUUGAGCUAUUCAGGAAGGAAGCUAUCUAUCGUAGAAUGAAACACUAUUCACGGGAGAAUGAACGGAAUCAGCUUCGCAUAGACGAGCUCGAACGACGCAAGAACACCUGUGAAGCAGGGUUGGCUGCAAUGUCUGCUUGCUGGGCUCAGUUGGUCGAGGCUAUUCGACUGCUGAUCAAACCUAAUGACCUACCUCAAGUCAAUAUUGACGCGAAAGGCAUAUUUGACCUCAGCAUCCAUAUUGAAGACGACAACAUCCCAGAGCUUGCAACCGCACUGGGUGACACUGUUAAUGCUACGCAAGCUCUCGUUACAAAAUUUGUACAACUAGGCGGAGAUUCGUGGUCGCAGGCUCUACAAGGCGAUGCAUUUGUUGGAUGCCAGAAGGCACAAACAGAGUGUGUGUCUUUGCGGUCACAAAUAAAUCUAAUGCGCCUCGAGCUUCAAGAUUGCGCGACUCAAAGGGAUAGUUAUCAUGAUGCGCUAAUAGCUGCAGAGAACCGUUUCGAAAGAUCGCUCAGCGGAACAGUCGUGGCUCUCGAGGCUCGUGCGCCACCAGAGAAGGGGGCUAGUAAUGGGGAGAAAGAGGAUACACAGCGAAAGCCGUCCUCUCCUGCAGUCGUUCCGCAACCAUCACUCAAGCAACAUAUGCACGACGUUUCUGAACUGGAAGCGCUUCAAGAUUUGCUGAAAAGUCGAGAAAAUAAGAUCAUCGAAUUGGAAAGAGAGACCGCCAUUCUUCGGGACGAAAAAACUAUUCUACAGUUGGAGUUGAAAUCUCCUUCACUUGAACACAUCACCGAAAGUCCUUACUAUAAGGUUCUACUUGACCAUGCUUCCAUGCUAGAAGCGGAUAUCUCAAAGAAGGAUGCCGAAAUCGGAAAGCUUUCUUCAGAUCGUUACCAGCUGCUGGAAUCGCGUAGGGAAUGGGAAGAGGGCAUCUUGGCUUCUUCGACGCAGGUUCAGCAGGAGGUGAAAGCAAUGCUUGCAAAGCGAGAUAACGAGAACGCGAGGUUGCGUGAGCAGCGUGAACAACAGGCCGCUGAGCUGAAUGAACGGAAGCACAAAGAUAGUGUCAAACUGGCCUCUCUACAAGAGUUAAAAACUUUGGUUGAUUCGCGUUCGGAGCGUAUUCUCGUUCUUCAAUCUGAGUUGUCUAGGACGAAAGCGCACCUUGCGGCAAAUACGGGAAUAGAGGACGUGAUGCUCUUUUUCCUUGGUGGUAAUGUGGCGGAUCGCCAAUUCAUUGAGACACUCAGGGACCAAAAGUUGCAAGCGGAAGCACGGGCGACGGCGCUCGAGCGAGCCCUUUCUGCUUACCAAGCUGACCACCCAGACAUUUCGCAGUAUAUACGGGCACAUGCAGAUAUGGUUGAAAAGCUUUCGGAAACGACGUCACAGCUGGAGAAAUACAGGAGGGUCUAUGGGGAUCGUUCUGCACUCCCUCUAGACGUCUCAAAAUUGGUAGAGGAACUGAGCAAGAAGGAGGCUGAGCUAGAGAGGUUGAGGCUUGUUGAGGUUUACCAUACUGAGUCGGAAAAGUCUUUGUUCGCUGAAUUGGAGAAGUUAUCAACUGCAUGGGAGGCUUUGGAUCGACAAGUCAAAAAUAAGGUAUUUGACCUCUCCAGUCUAGAGGACCGUCUGUCAAGGAGUUCAGUUGAGAAAGCGAAAUCCGACAACAAGUUUUUUGCCGCUAUGCGGGACAAGGAGGCGAUAGAAACGGAACGGAAAAAUCUCUCAAGGACGAUAGAAAAGCAGGGGAAGGCUGUGGAUCGCUUUACUGAUGCGGAGAAAAGUAUGAGAGCACAGGCGGGCGUAAUGGAGAAAGAGAACGUAUUACUGAAGAAAACAGUGGACGUUCUAAAUUCCAGGGUUGAACAGCUGGAAAAGGAAACUUUCGAGUGCAGGAGCUUGGCCGAAGCCGAGAGGAAGAAAGCGCAAGAGUUUUUCUCCUUGGUUUCUGAGCGGGAAAAGUCAUUGAUUCAGAAGCGAUCCGAGCUCCGCAUCGUAGAGGAGGAAUACACCCGGUCAAAGAAAGAGUUAGAGCGGCAGAGGAAAGAAGCGGUGGCAGACGCGAGCAUCAAGCGCUCGGAGUCGGAGAAUGGAGAAGAUUACCGAAAACUUGUUCUAUGCACGACGUGCUGCCAAAAUUUCCGGAGCGUCAUCAUCACAAAAUGUUUGCACACUUUUUGUAAGCCUUGUGUAGAUGCACGCAUUUCAACCCGACAGCGAAAGUGUCCUGCUUGUAACAUUCCAUUUGCGCAGUCCGAUGUGCAAAGUUUCUUUUUUCAGUGA